AUGAGCACAUUGCCCCCUGCCAUGGAAGGAACCAGCCCUGCUUGCUGGAGCCAGUCCGGUGAGACAGCGUGUAUCAGGAGUUGGCAUCACCAGCCCUUGAUGCAUGGAGACAGUCACUACAACUGGACUAACUGUGAAACUGGUCACUGGAGCAAAGUCCCUGUCACGCUGCUCGUCUGCCUCUGUGGGCUGGUGGGGAAUGGGGCUGUGCUCUGGCUCUUCAGCUCCCACGUCCGCAGGAACCCCAUCACCACCUACAUCCUCAACCUGGCUGCAGCCGACUUCACCUUCCUCCUCUCCAUCACCAUUGCUCUUGUGAUACUUUAUGUCCCAGGGACCCUUUGUCACAGGCUGAGCUCACGGGAUGUGACAACUGCGUUGAACAUCACCAUCCUCUUCUCUUUCACUGCUAGUGUCUACCUCUUGACAGCCUUCAGUGCCAUGACAGCUCUGUCUGUCCUCCCCAUUACCUGCUGCCCCUGCCACAGCUCCCAGUGCUUACCAGAGCUCAUAUGUGCCCUGCUCUGGGCCCUUUCCUUCCUCCUCACCAUGAACCUUUUGUUCUGCCCUGCAGCACUCAUUGCCUUCGUCCUGAGCUACCUCUUAUCGCUGCUUACCCUGGUUUUAUCUGGUCUAACCCUGCUUGCCAGGAUCGUGUGCUGUUCAUGGCAACAUCCUCCACGGAAGCUCUGUGCUGUGGUCCUGCUCACUGUCUUCUUCUUCCCCUUCCUCACUGCUGAUUUUGGGUACUGGCUUUUGCUAAGGCUGUUUGAUUUUUCAGUCUUUGUCUUCAAUGCCUCUCUCCUCUUGGCCUGUGUGAAAAGCAGCAUCAACCCUGGUAUUUACUUCUUGGCUGGGAGCUGCACAAAGAAGUUCACGCUCUCUGUGAGGGUUGCUUUCCAGAGGGCUUUUGGAGAUGUAACAGAGCCCCAAAAUAGAGGUGAAAGUCACAGAGAGAACACAGUGGAACCAGCUGUUUAAACCUCUGCAGCCUCUCCCUGAGAGAAGAUGCUCCGGGGAUGGAGACAAGCAACAUGGGCCAGAACAGGAUUAGCUGCAGAGUGACAAAGUGUGCUGGGUGGCAUAGGAACACCUGCCUGUGGGGGGACACUGAACAGAGUGAUGAAAUACUUUUUCUAUGGAGCCAGGCUGAGAGAGCUGGGCUGGGUCAACCUGGA